GAAACGCGGCGAUCUGUGCCACUAACCUUGAACCAGUAGUAUACUACCAUGCCUAAGAGUGAUACCUGGCCAGGUGGCAUUGGAUUGGAGACGAUGAGCGGCAUGGACUCUGCUGGCAGCUGUGACAGCGUCGUCAGUGCCAAUUCUGGCUUUAGCGAUGAUAGUCUGGAGCACCUGUCUGCUGAAGAGAAGGCCUGCCUCAUGUUUUUGGAGGAGACAAUUGAGUCUUUGGACACUGAGGAGGAUAGUGGAUUGUCCAAUGACGAGCCCGACCAGAUGCCCAGUCCUGGUAAUCUCGCUAUCAAACUGGCUGACCUGUCAGCCUCCAUGAGCAAAAGCAAGCUGAACGAUUUACAGAAACAUCCCUCCAGAGAAUACAUCAAGGAGAACGCUGACACGAAACCCCUGCAGAGUCACCUGGUUCCUACACCUCUUGUUAUGGCAGGCGGCACUCUCUGUUCUGUAUCCAGCACCAAACCAGGGGUUCCUCCAGAUGAAAACCUCUCCAAGCCUCAGAUCGCACCUCCAAGCAACAAAUCUCAUCAAAAACCCAACCAGAAACCUGUUGUUCACUUUGAGGUGAAUGUUGUGAUACCUCCUCCCACGAAACCCAAGGAAAACUCUGUCAGGACGGCUGAGGGUCCUUUACCGAGAGGACCUCUGUCGUACGAUGCGCUUGUUUAUCUGCAAAGGAGUGCCUCCACGAAGAAGACCCCUCUAUGCCCCACAGUUGAUCACACUAUAGAAUCGGACAAGCAUCCUCCCGCCUUGAUGGAAGGCCCAAAGUUCGGAAACAUGCCGAGAUCUGACCAAUCCCACCGAGAGUUUUCCAAGCCGAAUUCAAUUCCUCCAGUUGUGCCGCCUAAACCCAAAAAUAUUCCUGCCGGCAUUUUUGCAAAAACACAGAAUGGAGCUUCGACAAUCCCAAACUCUUCUGACAGUAUCAAGCAUGCGAAAGAUGCCCAGGUGGUGAGACAGAAGGCUUUGCAGAAGCUCGGCCUCCUGAACGAUGAAGAACAAGAAAAUGAGACACUUGCUCCACUACCUCCCCCCAAAUCUCACCCCUUUUUGGACCCAACACCUAAAAGAUUUACAAAUGCACCAAGAAGCCCAUCGUUCUCUUAUUCUCAAGUGCCCAAGAACAAGCCUCUGCAGAGCAGCGCCAGUUUCCAUCACCACUCGAGAUCUGACCAUCAGUCUGCAUCUGCAUCACAUCCAGUUCAGCCCAAAGUAUUAAAGACAGAUGUUCUGGAGGACCAGCGGAAAGGUGGGAACUUUCCUGAACGGGGACACAUCACAGGGGCUGAGCCAGUGAAGACCACCUCUGCAGCUCGGCCUCAAAAACCCUCUAACUCUGUUGGAUAUUCUGUAAUGGUGGUGCCGGGGAUGGGAGCCGAUCGGAGAGAAGCACUCAGAAAACUCGGACUGCUUAAACACUGAAAACAGGUGGGCGGGAGAAGUGUGACUGCAUAGAUGCAGUGGAGAGUUCAGAGAACCAUCAGCUUACUGAGAGUUAGAGCAUUAAGAGGGAACUUGGCACUCGACACUUUUGGCAAACUUACGCAUGAGGAUGAAGAGGAAGAAUUUAAAAGGGAAGACCAGGACUUUCAACCUAGGUUGAACUUGCUUACCUGAGGGAAGUUUCUUUUCUUUUUUUCUAUAACAAAUUGCAGUUGGUCACAACAAGAUCUCAAACGAGCCCAAAGAGUUCAUAUGAAACUAGAAUAGAGCGUACCUACACUAAGGCUAUAAAACUGGUUCUAUAGUUUUUGAUUACUCCUGCUAAUAGACAAAGAAACUAAAAGUACAUACCUCUGCAACUGUCCCCUUAAAUCCAAUCAAGCUGCACCAAAGAGCAGAAAUGUAAAGAUAUCAGUUCCCUUAAUAUGCUUGUUUUUAA